CGGGUUUCAAGGUCACGCAGAGCAAACCUCAUGACGCUCACCAGCUUCGCCUCCACUUGAGUGGUUUGGGCGCUGUUCUUGCGAUGCACCUGUUGGCGCUGUGAUGCGUCUGGCCGUAAGAUGGUGCUUCAUAGGAAGCGGAUGCGUAGUCGCGGCCGAUAGUAUUUAGGGAAUUUGGUUCUUACUGUACUCCCCAGCUCACCUUUUCCUUUCGAGUUCACUCAAGCAGAGGUACUGGCUACCCUGUUUUUAAACGACUCACAUUCUCUUCACCGACGCUUUCUUGACGACCAACCCCGCAAUACACGAUGCGCUUCACCACAUUCCUCUCAGUUGCGUUCGCCGCCGCCGCCACCCCGGCCUUCGCUUUGCCCACCAACACUGUCCAGUUCGCUAAUCGUACGAACAGCUUCGCGAGCCGUACAGUCGAGGACGACUCGGUCUAUGCGCGUGAGUAUGACAGCGACCUCUGGGCGCGCCGUGACCCCCGCCCCGGUUUGCCUCCCCAGAAGCCCGUGCCGACGUACCCGCCUCCCGCGCCGCCCACUGGCGGUCGCACCGCCGCA